AAACAACAAUAAAAAAAAAAACUCAUUCCCACCUCACUGGUAUAAAAUAUGGUUGAAUUCAGACUUUGCUGUGAGGAAUUGCUUAGUCUCCAUUUCCCUCAUUGCUGAAUGGGGAUUAAUACUUCACAGGGUUGUAAUGUAGAGAGAAAAACACAUAGUAAAUGCUCCAAAUGAGGCUAUUCUAUUAUAUCUUAAAAGGAUAAAUGUUUUAAGAUCUGGUAGUUGGGAGAUGAUUUUUAAAACAGCAUCUUGACAAAUAGAAUAACAGCUAAUGUCUUCAUUUUUAUAGAAACUUAGCAUAGCUUUUUAAUGCAUAAUGUGCUUCUGAGUAAACAGUUAUAUUAUCUCCAUCAUGAAUUGGUCCUCAGGUAUAGAUGAAGUUUAAGAAGAUGACAGUCUUUCUCCCCCAAAGCAGAGCAGUGUGGUCCCUGCCAAGUAGAGCUGUGAAGCAAGUUUGCUGGAGCAAACAUUUUCUAAUUGAUAUGCAGUGUUUCAAGGAUGACUAAUGUCUAUCUAGUCGUGGCAGUGGAAGGGACAAUGAAUCGCUCUUCCCAGGCUGGCUUCCCCGGCAUUCCUGAAGAUAGAAAGCUUUACGUUGUGGAUUCCAUAAAUGACUUAAACAAACUAAACCUCUGCCCUGUGGAGUCUCAGCAUCUGUUCCCUCUCGAGGAGAAAGUCCCAGUCAUUGGCACUGACCCAGGGAAUGGAAGCCACAGUCUGUUUUUUGUGGGGCUGAUAAUUGUGCUGAUUGUCAGCCUGGCACUGGUUUCCUUCGUGAUUUUUCUAAUAGUUCAAACUGGAAACAAGAUGGAUGAUGUGUCGAGAAGACUAAUGGCUGAGGGAAAGGACAUAGAGGAUCUUAAGAAAAUCAACAGCAUGAUCGUAAAGCGCCUCAACCAACUGGACUCUAAACAGAACUAAAGAAGUGAGCGUCUAAGAACUGCUAACGCCUGAGCUUCGUACUUUCCUGGGAGUGGACGGGGUUAAGAAUUGAGCAAGCACAUUUCUGCAGGCAGCAAAUUAACUGGUUAGUGAACUCAGCCUGGGGCCACUUUCCGGGCAGGGAUGGGAAGGACUCCAAGGCGAAGGGGUGUGGGGACAACAGCCAGAAAGGGGCUUAUGUUAUCACAGGGUCCUUCUGCCAUAACGGGCUCCAGGGUGGCUGACAUGGUGGAGAGCCCACAGUAAGCAAGAGGAUUUGGCUCUGUAUGUGCACCUUCUCUUACAAAAGGAGCUUUGUCACCAGAAUAAGUUGAUGGUGCUGGAUGGAGCCCAUGUACCUUUAUGAACUUCCUUGAAGGCCUAAAGAAGUCAUUGAAUUAUUUGAAUGCAAAGGAUCCAGGUGAUAACUUUUCAAUAAAAGAAAUUCUGCUCAGGUGAUUACACAUUGACUCUUAUUUCCCCAGGGACAAGGGGUGGGUGGACUUUAGAGCUCGUUCGUUGCCUUCUGGUAUUUGCAGGUAGUAUUAGGUAUGUGUGGUGGUGAGGGGGUAAAAGAGAGCAGUUGAUUCAACUGAUGGUGAUGAGCUCUUACUUUGUGCAAGACCCCCUACUCUAGAGGAGCUUACAUUCAAGUAUGAGAACAAAGGACAUGUAUGAC